GCGCAACAUCUGGAACAUCAUGGAUUUCUUCGUCGUGGUGACCGGGUCGAUGACCGUGUUCGCCGAAACAAACGUGGACGUCGACCUGCGUAUGCUACGUUCCUUCAGGGUCCUCAGACCGCUAAAGCUGGUUUCGAAAAUUCCAAGUGAGUCAGUCACAGUUCUGCGAAACGGCAAACGAUACAAACGCCAUAAGUAACAGUACAGAGUGCAGUAACAGAGAACAGUCGAGCAGCAGAUUGAUAACUAACUAACUAACUAACUAACUAACUAACUAAUCCCCCGUUGUUCCUGGCAGUUUGUGUGCGUUCGACUAGUCUCCUUAGUUUUAUAUACGUUUCAUCUUUCUAUAACAGAUUUAUUAGUUUCUAUCCUUUUAGUUUCCUUCUUUAGUUCUCCCGAUUAUUUAUACACGUUUUUUCACGUCGUUUAAGCGUUCCGUUUUUUAUCGUUGAUUGACCACCACUUAGAGGCUAUGGGUGUAUUAGAAACAGUUGAUUGACGCUAGAUGAUCGUUGGCAGUUUGAUGAUCGAUAUUAAUUGAACAUAAUAUCUAUAUAUAUAUAUAUUCUGUGUCCACGUGGUUUGCGUAAUUCGAGUGUCUUAUACGUUAUACAUAUAUAUAUAUAUCUAUGCGUAUUAUUGAUAUUCUACUGUCUCUAUAGAGGACUUGCGUGAAUUAGUCGCUAGUGUUAUAUUGCGUUACUAUUUGCUCUAUAUCUUCUGUCGUUAUGUUCAGUUUUGUGCACAAGUUAUUCGUACAUUUAGAGAGUUUCAAAGUCGACAAAUUAGACACGUACAUACGCACACGCAUACACACACACACACACACACACACACACACACACACACACACACACACACACACACACACACACACACACACACACACACACACACACACACACACACACACACACACACACACACACACACACACACACACACACAAAAGCACGCACGGACACGCACGCACACACUUACGUAACACACGAAGCGUACGGUGCGAAUAUACCGGCGUGUCGAGUCAUCGACGAAAUCUUUGGCUUUUCAUUAGGGAAGGAAAAGUUAUCGGACGUGCGGUGAAUUUUCGUUGCCGCGAUGCGCGACGAGUAUCUUUAAUUCGCCGUUCGAACUUUUUUUCGUAUUCUGCUCACGUAGCGUCUACCACGACAGGUGUAUCGAAAAUUUCGAGAAAAUAUUUCGCUCGCACACGACGCGAUAAUAAACGCCCGAAGACGAACGAACGACCGAAGCAAAUUCGAUUUAAUCGGUGUAAACGGUCUCGCCGACGUUUCGAUGUUCGUUGGACAGCGUACGGAUUAUAUAUACGUUAGACUUCUUUCGAUUCGAAACUUGUCGCGUAACGCGGAAUACGCACGCGUAUACUUGAUACACGUACACACGCAAAAAAAUGAACACGAAACUACUGGCCUGCAGGUGUCUCUAUAUUUAGCAAACUCUAUCUUUAGUCACAGUCACUGAUUGAUAGAAUUGACUAUACGUUGGUAAAUAGGUACAUGUUCUAGAACAGUAACGUAUUCGAGCAAGCUCGUGUUUGCUAGAGAGUGGUACCUUUAGACAUCCUCGAGAGACCGAGUCAUAGUCCUACACAGACUUUUAGACUUCGACCGAGAUAUCCUCUCUCUUGUCUGCUUUCCCUUCGAUCACGGUCCUCGAAAUUUCUCUUCCCCACGAUUACUCCGCAACACGAAUCAUAGCGUGCGAACGAAUUCGGACUCCUCUUACCAAAAAGAAAAAGAGAAAAAGAAAAGAAAAAAAAAAAAGAAAAUGAAAAAAGAAAAAAAGAUACCAGGAUGCAAAUUCAACGUUCGAGAAUGAAAUCAAUUUUUCUUCCACGCUGACCAAGAUUCUGCGAUGAUUCGACGAAGAUUUCACGAAGAUUUUACGAAGAAUGCAAACUCUGCAGUUCAUCACGGCGUUCUCGCAAGGCAUAGAACUGGAUAUGGAUCUGCGCACGUUGCGUGCGAUACGCGUGUUGCGACCGCUCAAACUUGUCUCCGGCAUACCGAGUCUCCAGGUGGUGCUCAAGUCUAUUAUCAAGGCAAUGGCGCCGCUUCUGCAGAUCGGUCUGCUGGUGCUCUUCGCCAUCGUGAUAUUCGCCAUCAUCGGGCUCGAAUUCUAUUCGGGAACCCUGCAUAAAACGUGUUACAGCAUCAGGGAUAUCAAUGUAAUCGUGAAGGAGGGCGAACAGGCGAGCCCGUGUAACACGGACAACAAAUCCGAGGCGCCAUUCGGGGCCCACGUGUGCGACGCGAACAUCUCGACGUGCAUGGAUCACUGGGAGGGACCAAACUUCGGCAUCACCAGCUUCGACAACAUCGGAUUCGCCAUGCUCACUGUCUUCCAGUGCAUCACUAUGGAGGGCUGGACUGCCAUAUUGUACUGGACAAACGACGCUCUUGGCAGCACGUACAACUGGAUUUACUUUAUACCAUUGAUCGUCCUUGGCUCGUUCUUCAUGCUGAACUUAGUUCUCGGUGUCCUGAGCGGAGAGUUUGCGAAGGAGAGGGAAAAGGUGGAGAACAGGCAGUCCUUCCUGAAAUUGCGAAGACAGCAGCAGCUCGAGCAUGAACUGUACUGUUACCUGAAUUGGAUCUGCAAAGCAGAGGAGGUAAUACUCGCGGAAGAAAGGACCACGGAAGAGGAGAAGAAGCACAUAUUAGAAGGAAGGAAAAGAGCCGAGGCGAAAAAGAAGAAGCUUGGCAAGAGCAAAAGCACGGACACGGAGGAAGAGGAAGGUGACGACGACCAGGACGACGGGUUUUCGAGGGCUUCCUCGACGAAAGAAAAGGGACCUUGCAAGCAGUUUUGGCUGGCCGAGAGAAGAUUCAGGUACUGGAUACGAAAGUCCGUAAAAUCGCAAAAGUUCUACUGGUUCGUCAUCGUUCUUGUGUUCUUCAACACCGUCUGCGUAGCCGUGGAGCAUUACGGCCAGCCGCAAUGGCUGACCGAUUUCCUCUACUUCGCAGAGUUCGUGUUCCUGGCUCUGUUCAUGUUGGAGAUGUUCAUAAAGGUGUACGCGCUCGGUCCUCGCACAUACUUCGACUCGAGCUUCAAUCGUUUCGACUGCGUGGUCAUCUCAGGAUCGAUCUUCGAAGUGAUCUGGUCCGAGGUGAAGUCCGGCUCUUUCGGCCUCUCCGUCCUACGUGCCCUUAGACUCCUGCGAAUUUUUAAGGUCACCAAAUACUGGAAGAGCCUGAGAAACCUCGUAAUAUCGCUGCUCAGCUCGAUGCGUAGCAUCAUUUCCCUGCUCUUCCUGCUCUUCCUCUUCAUUCUCAUAUUCGCGCUGCUCGGUAUGCAGCUGUUUGGCGGCCAGUUCAACUUCGAUUACGGCACGCCGCCCACCAACUUCAACACCUUUCCCAUCGCGCUGCUCACUGUCUUCCAAAUCCUGACCGGAGAAGAUUGGAACGAAGUGAUGUACCAGGGUAUAGAGUCGCAAGGCGGUCACAAGAGGGGCAUGAUCUACUCGUUGUACUUCAUCGUGUUGGUGCUGUUCGGCAACUACACUCUGCUGAACGUAUUCUUGGCUAUCGCCGUCGACAAUCUGGCAAACGCACAGGAGCUGAGCGCCGCCGAGGACGAGGAGGAAGUAGAGGAUAAACAGAAGCAGGCGCAGGAACUCGAGAAAGAGAUCCAAUCUCUGCAGAAUCCGAAAGACGGUGGCGCGCCCAAGGUAGAAAUUUGCCCUCCGAGCCCCAACCAGAAUUUCAAAGACGGAAAAGGUGGUAAACAGUCGUCCGAAGAAGAGAAAAAGCAGGAUGAAGACGAUGACACGGGACCAAAACCAAUGCUGCCAUACUCCUCCAUGUUUAUACUGUCCCCUACGAAUCCCGUAAGAAGAGCCGCCCAUUGGGUCGUCAACCUGAGGUACUUCGACUUCUUCAUAAUGGUGGUGAUAUCUCUGUCGAGUAUCGCGUUGGCCGCCGAAGAUCCCGUAAAGGAGAACUCGCCGAGGAACGAAAUUCUGAAUUACUUCGAUUACGCGUUCACCGGUGUCUUCACCGUCGAGAUGAUACUGAAGAUCAUCGAUCUAGGGAUUAUCCUUCACCCGGGCUCGUAUCUGCGCGAGUUCUGGAACAUUAUGGACGCGGUGGUUGUGAUAUGCGCCGCGGUUUCGUUCGCCUUCGACAUGACCGGUAGUUCGGCUGGACAAAAUCUCUCGACGAUCAAGUCGUUGAGAGUGCUCCGAGUACUUAGGCCGUUAAAGACGAUCAAGAGAGUGCCGAAGCUGAAGGCGGUGUUCGACUGCGUGGUGAACAGUCUUAAAAACGUCAUCAACAUUCUCAUAGUGUAUAUAUUGUUCCAAUUCAUAUUCGCUGUGAUCGCGGUGCAGCUUUUCAACGGCAAGUUCUUCUACUGCAACGACGAGAGCAAAUAUACGGAACAGGAUUGCCAGGGUCAAUAUUUCGUUUUCGAAGAGGGCGCCCUAUUGCCAGAGCCAAGGAAACGAGAGUGGCAGUCGCAGUUUUUUCACUACGACAACGUGAUGGCCGCGAUGCUGACGUUGUUCGCGGUCCAAACUGGCGAGGGUUGGCCACAAAUCCUGCAGAAUUCGAUGGCGGCCACGUACGAGGACAAAGGCCCCAUUCAAAAUUUUCGUAUAGAGAUGUCCAUUUUCUACAUCGUCUACUUCAUCGUAUUUCCAUUCUUCUUCGUCAACAUCUUCGUGGCCUUGAUUAUCAUCACUUUCCAGGAGCAGGGAGAGGCUGAAUUGCAAGACGGCGAAAUCGACAAAAAUCAGAAAUCUUGCAUAGACUUCACGAUACAAGCUCGCCCCUUGGAGAGGUACAUGCCGAAAGAACGAAACAGCGUAAAGUACAAAAUCUGGAGAAUAGUGGUAUCGACGCCGUUCGAAUAUUUUAUCAUGGGUCUCAUCGUAUUAAACACAGUACUGCUCAUGAUGAAGUUCCAUCGGCAAAGCGACGCGUACAAGAACGCGCUGAAGUACAUGAACAUGUGCUUCACGGGGAUGUUCACCGUCGAGUGCAUACUGAAGAUCGCCGCAUUCGGCGUCAGGAAUUUCUUCAAGGAUGCCUGGAACAUGUUCGACUUCGUCACGGUGAUCGGCAGCAUCGUGGACGCCCUCGUGAUCGAGUUCGGGGAGCGGUUUUCGAGUAUGCCCAGUGGCGGCCAACUAGGCGAAAAAAAGGAGAACUUCAUCAACGUCGGCUUCCUGAGACUGUUUCGCGCCGCCAGGCUGAUCAAACUACUCAGACAGGGCUACACGAUACGAAUUUUACUCUGGACCUUUGUACAAUCCUUCAAAGCUCUGCCUUACGUUUGUCUUCUCAUAGCGAUGUUGUUUUUCAUCUACGCGAUCAUCGGUAUGCAGGUAUUCGGUAACAUCGCGCUGGAUGCUGAUAGUUCUAUUACCAAGCACAACAAUUUCCAAAGCUUCAUUCAAGGUCUGAUGUUGCUUUUUCGGUGUGCGACUGGCGAGGCAUGGCCGAAUAUCAUGCUGUCCUGCGUGAAAGGUCGUCCGUGCGACGUGAAGGCCGGAAAGCAAGAACCUGGUGGCUGUGGCUCGAACAUCGCGUACGCCUACUUCGUCUCGUUCAUCUUCUUCUGUUCGUUCCUAAUGCUGAAUCUCUUCGUUGCCGUCAUUAUGGAUAAUUUCGAUUAUUUAACGAGAGACUCGUCGAUCCUGGGCGCUCAUCACUUGGACGAGUUCGUUCGGAUCUGGGCCGAAUACGAUCCAAACGCAACGGGCAAGAUUCAUUACACCGAGAUGUACGACAUGCUGAAGAACAUGGAUCCACCGUUGGGGUUUGGUAACAAAUGUCCAAACAGGCUUGCCUAUAAGAAGCUCAUCAGGAUGAACAUGCCGGUGGACGUCGACUUGAAGGUGAACUUCACUACCACUCUGUUCGCCUUGAUUCGCGAGAAUCUCAAUAUCAAAGUGAGAAGGGCUUCCGAAAGGAACCAAGCGAACGAAGAACUGAGAGACACGAUCAGAAGCAUUUGGCCUCUGCAGGCAAAAAAGAUGUUGGACCUUUUGAUACCUAGGAACGAAGAAUUAGGCAAAGAUAAGAUGACCGUUGGUAAGAUAUACGUCUGCCUUCUGAUACUCGAAAGUUGGAGGACGACCAGGUUUGGUCAGAUAGAAUCAACCGGACAGAACGAUAACGAUCUUAUCGAUAACGAUAAUGCCGGGCAAAGUCCUGCAGCCCAGGCGCAAUCGGCCUUAUUCAACUGCAUACUGGACGUGACGGCGGUAAAUCAUACCGGAAAUAAUCACGCAGCCGGAAGUAGGGCGAACAGCCUCGAACACGUGGUACGGCCGACGCCGGAAACGAAGCUCGAUCAACGCAAGGAGCACAUGGAGGAAGACGACGAGCACAGUAGACGUCAACGUAGCAUCAGAAAUAAAAAGGUGAACUGGAAGAUGUCCCACCAGUACGAUAUACUAGGCAGCAGCGGAGAGAGUAGCCAGGGAGGGGGUGGGUCUGGGGUUGUACCCGUAGUUAUUGACGAGGAUCGCGCCCCCGAGCUAGAGCCAUUGCUGGCUGAGGUGCCCUCCCAGCAGGAUCAAAACUACUACUACCACCAUCACCAUCACGACCAAUACUACGAUACCGACAAUGAUCUAUACUAUGACCAUCACCACCACCACCACCACCAUCACCAUCACCAUCAUCAUCAUGCUCACCGACCACCCUCGUACUAUCAACACCAGAAUACCUACGCACCUCGCUCCUCGAUCCGUUAUCACAAGAUGGAGCUUCAGGACGUUGUAGUUAGCGACUCGCGUGCCGGUAGUCUCGAGAGUCUUACCCACGCCGGCAAAAGACUUCAUCCACCCGUGCAACCUGUUAGACAUCCAUCGCGUUCACCCAGUUUAAGGAGACACUCGCCAGGCCGACCUGGAUACGAUCAUCAUGGUCAUUAUUACCACGAAGGACCAGGGUUUAGCGACACGGUUAGCAACGUCGUCGAGAUUCAGAGACACACGCAUCAUCCCCAUCCGACACAGUACAAUCAUCGGCACAGGAUCCGAGACUAUUACGACCACUGCGACUAUUACGACGAUGGUCCGUGGAGCGCUUCGACCAGUCCAGCGAGGACGCCGAGUCCCAUUCACCACAUCGAUCGAGGCCGGCAUUACGGGACGACAAGCUUGGAACAACGAUCGAGAAGCCCGAGUCCGAUCGGUGGUCGCCAACCUGCUCAUUCCCACCAGCACUAUCAUCGGCAUCAUCCCCAUCAGCACAGUUAUCCGGUGUUAGUAACCAGACGGGGACAGGGUCGUCUACUGCCUCCAACGCCCAACAAACCUUCGACUCUGCAACUGAAACCGGCGAACAUCAAUUUCCCCAAGUUGAACGCUUCGCCGACUCACGGCUCGCACAUGCACGUGACGCUCCCGGCUGGCAUGCAACAUCCGCCACCAGGACAGCAUUUGCCACCGAUGCAACCAAGCCACUGUCCGUUGAGCUUCGAGCAGGCGGUGGCAAUGGGCCGCGGCGGCCGUCUCUUGCCCAGUCCUGUACCAAACGGGUACAAGCCUCAGCCGCAGGCUAAGCAAAGGACACCCAGAUCGAGACACUCUGACAGCGAUGAAGACGACUGGUGCUAGCCAAAGUGGGACCCUGGACGGUGGUCCGGUGACGUGGACGCCCCCAGGCGUCUUAGGGUUUGCGCGUGAAUCUUCCACGUCGGGAGGCGCAUCGAUUUAACCGCGAACGCGGAAGCGAUGAAGAUCGAUCGAUUAGCUUCGAGCUUGGCAACUACGUCAGAGUUAAUGUCCGUUCGUCGAGUCGGACGAGGCAGGUGUACGAAACGAAGGUGAAGGAAGCGGAGGUGAAGGAAACGAAGCUACGUGUUACAGCAACGUCGCUACCAGUACGACCGAGCAGAAGAGACGGUACACCUUGAAAUACGAUGAUCAGCUGGUUCGAAGGAAGACUCGACCGAACGGAUCGAAUCGUGUUUCUCGAACGGUGCGGAAACAGGACAGGCGAAGGAUUUCAAUGGAAAUGAAGCGACCGAAACGAAAGCAACAUCGGAUGAUCGUUACAGGGAUAACAAAGCAACGUACGUAUAACACUAAAACGAGCAGUCGUCACGGUGGCCACCAUCGAACAGUCUAUGUGCCACGAAUACGAUGAUCGUCGGUUUAACGCGCAAAACGAUCAAAACUAAACGAAAAACACAGAAAGAGAAAAAGGGAAAAAAUAUUCGCAAUCUCCGCCUGUCGUGCAGUAUUCUUAGGAAGAAGUUGAAGCGUCGUCGGAGUUACCAUUCGUGGGAACUUUCUCAACUUUUCUUUCGUCUCGAACUCCGAGGCUUCCUUCGCUGUGCUUUUUAAUCGACGGACCGAGCCGAGGAGGAUCCACUUUUUAUACGAUGAAUUAUACGACGAGGGAAGCGCUCUUGUACGAUCGAGCGCGUUCGCUUCGGAUCCCUCUCCGCGCGAAUCUACCAAAUUCUUCACGGCUGUAUCGAACAGUCGCGCCCUACGCGACGCCCUCUCACCGACUUGGAUACAGCGAGUUUCCACGUGUCUCCCCACGUUUGGAGGAACUGGUCGGCGAUGCGAAGGCGCCUUCGCCAACGAAACAUCUCCUCUUCUUGAUUUUUCUAUAAGCUGCGCCCAACUCGAGCGACUUGUCAGGGAGGUUCUCGAUGCGAACCAACAGGCGGAAUCGAUCAACGGGAACGAAUUUCGUCUGACGAGUAAAGCGUUUUCGUACGUGCAAAAAAAUUAAACGAGAUAUAAUCGUAUAGGUGUAGGAAAAAGGCACCGUUCGAUACGUUCGAUGCGAUAUAGACCACGAGGCACAAGUUCUUCUUCGCGAGUCACUGUUAGCGCGCAGUUGGUUCGAUUUCGCUCGGAAUAUCUCUCGUCGCAGUAGCGUUCGAUUUACCGAACGAGUAGGCAAACAUCUCGAUCGAACCUAUCGAAAUUUCUUACAGGUCCGUUCUAUCGUUGAUCAAGCCGCGGGCAAGAAAGAAAGAAGCGUAUCGGAAAAGCGGAUGAGAAAUGCAACAAGAACCGUGGCUACGAACAUCCGAUAUCUCGUACGUUUGCAAAUUGGUAGCCGCGGUUCUUGCGCCGGUGCAACGUUCUCUCUUUAGUUUACUUUCGCGAAGAUUUACGACCAGCCGACAACGUUGCGUAAAAAACGAAGCACGAUCACCCUAUAAAAAUGUAUCGAACACGAGGAAAAAAAAAAAGAUACCGUUGCUAAAAUUAUGCAAAUAAUCGGUUGCUGAUAGAGGGGUAGAGCUAUUAAAAAAAAAGUAAAAAAAAAAGGAGGUACUCGAAGAUAUACAUGCUAAACGAUACAUCGAACUAAAUACG